AGCCGCCACUUUUCCCAUCCAUCUCCUACUCGCCGACCAACACACCCAACAUGUCUCUUACCUAUGGAACGGGCGGUGCGACUGCCGCCCUCGGUGUGGUGGGCUUGUACAUGCUCUUCAACAACGAAGGAGAGGCCUUCAACGUCGGAGCUUUUCUCGAAAGCAUUUCGCCAUACACAUUUGCUAGUGUCGGAAUUGCGCUAUGCAUUGGUCUCUCUGUCGUAGGCUCGGCAUGGGGAAUCUGGACAACCGGUGUGUCCAUCGUGGGUGGAGGUGUCAAGGCGCCGCGGAUACGAACCAAGAACUUGAUCUCCAUCAUCUUCUGCGAAGUCGUCGCCAUUUACGGUGUCAUCAUGGCCAUCAUCUUCUCCUCCAAGAUGAACCAGCUCUCCGACCCUGAGCUGCUCUACUCCGGCUCCAACUACUUCACUGGAUACGCGCUGUUCUGGGCCGGAAUUACUGUGGGCAUGUGCAACCUCAUCUGCGGUGUAUGCGUAGGCAUCAACGGAAGUAGCGCUGCGCUGGCCGAUGCUGCCGACCCUGCAAUGUUCGUCAAGAUUCUUACCAUUGAGAUUUUCGCUGCCAUUCUCGGACUGUUUGGUCUCAUCAUUGGGCUGCUCAUGCAGAGCAAUGCCAAGGACUUCCACGAGUAUCGGCAGUGGCAUGUCCGCACUACUCCGCCUGUACUUAACCUGACAUCUAUCAAAAUGGCCACCACAAAUCCAAAGCUCAAAUCAGCAGUCUUGGUAGUAUCUGAGACUGCUUCCCAAGACCCAUCGACCGACAAGUGCAUACCAGUGCUGAAGAAAGUCUUCGGCGAUCUCGGAAAUGACCAAUGGCAUGUUAGCGAAACUGAGAUCGUGCCCGACAAUGCUCUCGCGAUUCAGAAGACAAUUAGAACUUGGACUGAUGGCCCUGAUCCAAUCAAUCUAAUUGUCACUAGUGGAGGCACUGGUUUUGCAACCAAAGAUGUCACCCCAGAGGCAGUUACGCCAUUGAUUGACAGACAUGCUCCCGGUCUUAUACAUGGCAUGCUUACAACUUCAUAUGCUGUCACACCUUUCGCACUUAUGGCGAGACCUGUUGCGGGUCUCCGAAAGAAGACUUUGAUCUUGACUCUCCCUGGAUCGCCCAAAGGUGCCAAAGAGAAUCUGGAGGCGGUUCUCAAAUUACUACCACAUGCGUGCAUUCAGGCAGCUGGUGCAGAAUCAAGACCUCUGCAUGCGGGUGGCGUAGAGAAGCUUGAGAAGGACGCUGGGGUCUCUUCAGCUGGCACGACCACAGGAACCGGAUGUGGGCAUCACCAUCAUGGUCAUUCUCAUGGUCAUGGUGGACACGCAGGACCUAGAGCUCAUACAAACCCUGAAGAGCGUCCCCAGUCCAAUGACCCUUCCGCAGGACCAACACGCAGAUACCGGUCAUCUCCUUAUCCUAUGCUUGCUGUUGACAAUGCGCUCAAGCUCAUCGCAGAGCAGACUCCAGCUCCUGUAGUAGAGCGCGUACCAGUAGACAUGAGACUGAGUGGUUCCGUCCUUGCCGAAGAUGUCAAAGCCACCGAGUCUGUCCCAGCAUUCCGCGCUAGCAUCGUCGACGGUUACGCCGUAAAGAUCCCUUCUACAGGCAAGUUUGAGAAAGGAGUCUACCCCGUUACGAUAGUAUCUCACGCUCAGGCUGGCGAGGUUAAAGAGCUGAGAGAAGGGGAGAUUGCCAGAAUUACAACUGGCGCCCCUCUCCCUCCUGGUGCCGAUUCAGUGGUCAUGGUCGAAGAUACAGUGCUGAAGAGUCUUACAGACGACGGCAAAGAAGAAAAAGAGAUCGAGAUACUGACUGACGAAAUUAAACCGAACGAAAACGUACGCGAAGUAGGCAGUGACGUCAAAGAGGGCGAGACCAUCUUGAAGAAAGGUGAAGGCGUCACAGUCGUCGGCGGCGAGUUCGGUCUCCUUGCGUCUGUGGGCACGAAAGAGGUGUCUGUCUACAAGAAACCAGUCGUUGGAGUCCUGAGCACAGGAGACGAGAUCAUCCCGCACAACAGAGAAGGCUCCCUGCGGCUCGGAGAAGUGCGUGAUACCAACCGCCCUACACUCAUCACCGCUGCACGAAGCCACAGAUUUGAAGUCAUCGAUCUAGGGAUUGUCUCAGACAAACCUGGUAGCCUCGAGCAGACACUUCGCGACGCCAUGCGCAAGUGCGAUGUUAUCAUAACCUCUGGCGGCGUCUCAAUGGGCGAGCUAGAUCUCCUCAAGCCAACAAUCGAGCGCUCUCUCGGCGGCACGAUCCACUUUGGUCGCGUAAACAUGAAGCCCGGCAAACCCACCACCUUCGCCACGGUGCCAGUAAAGGACAACUCUGGAAACCCUGUAACCAAGUCUGUCUUCUCGCUCCCCGGAAAUCCUGCUUCGGCUGUGGUGUGCUUCCAUCUCUUCGUUCUGCCUGCAUUGCACCAACAGGCUGGUAUUAAGCCACUCGGUCUACCGAGAAUCAAGGUCAUACUGGAUGAGGAUGUGAAGAUGGACAAGGGUCGGCCAGAGUAUCACCGUGCACUAGUUGUGACUAAGGAAGACGGACUGCUAUAUGCUAGCUCGACAGGGGGGCAGAGGAGUAGUCGGAUUGGCAGCUUCAGGGGUGCGAAUGCGCUACUUGCAAUGCCGCAGGGCGAGGGUAGCCUGAAGAAAGGUGAGAAAGUCGAGGCACUGCUCAUGGGAAAGUUGGGUGAGGUUGAGCGUUGAUGUACACAUUUGCUACAUUAAAAUACAUAUAUCUAUCGCACCCCGAGGUGUCU